AUGACCAGUCCCUCCGCUUCUUCUCGCAAGGCUUUGAGCAAGAUCGCCUGCAAUAGGCUACAGAAAGAGCUUAUGGAAUGGCAGGUUAAUCCUCCUGCUGGAUUCAAACACAAAGUUACUGAUAAUCUCCAAAGAUGGGUAAUUGAAGUCAACGGAGCACCGGGGACUUUGUAUGCUAACGAAAUUUACCAGCUGCAGGUUGAUUUUCCUGAACAUUACCCUAUGGAAGCACCGCAGAUUUUUUUGCCACGUGAAAGUUUUGCACGUGGCAAUCAUCCGUGUGAGCCCCACAUUGCAUUCCCCGCCAUUAUCACCGAAUCACUGACCGUUGAUUUAGGUUCUGCUUUUGACUAUAAACAAUCUGAGUGCACUAAUGUUUUCCCCCAUCAAUCACUUGACCUUGCCCUCUCUCUCUUGUCUCCAGAAAUCGUGCAAGAAGCCAUGACCAGUCCCUCCGCUUCUUCUCGCAAGGCUUUGAGCAAGAUCGCCUGCAAUAGGCUACAGAAAGAGCUUAUGGAAUGGCAGGUUAAUCCUCCUGCUGGAUUCAAACACAAAGUUACUGAUAAUCUCCAAAGAUGGGUAAUUGAAGUCAACGGAGCACCGGGGACUUUGUAUGCUAACGAAAUUUACCAGCUGCAGGUUGAUUUUCCUGAACAUUACCCUAUGGAAGCACCGCAGGUUGUUUUUAUCCCUCCAGCUCCACUUCACCCUCAUAUUUAUAGCAAUGGCCAUAUCUGUUUAGAUAUCUUGUAUGAUUCUUGGUCCCCAGCCAUGACAGUCAGUUCCAUCUGCAUCAGUAUUCUCUCCAUGUUAUCAAGCUCCACUGUUAAGCAACGUCCAACAGACAACGAUCGAUACGUAAAGAACUGUAGGAAUGGCAGAUCCCCGAAGGAGACGAGAUGGUGGUUCCAUGAUGAUAAAGUGUAAUGAUGAAAUUGGAUCAUUGUCACAUGGGGGGUGUAACAUCACCUUGUCCGUGUGGGCACAUUUGUGUCAAGGAAGAUGUCUUUACUUCGAAAAAUAGCAGGAAAAACAAGAAAAAUUUUACAUGUGAAACACUUUUAACUACUGUGGGUCAUGAGACAAGUAUAUAAAAGCUGCUAUAAGGCAGCAAAUCAACUUUCCUAUUCUCAUCCUGUUUUGCUGUGUGGUGUUGCAACUUUUCCUGGUUUAAGCCCAACUUACUUAUCUUAAGGUUGUAAAUAUAAACAUAAGGGGAGAACAUCAUUGGUCAGUGGUGUAUGUAAGUUGUGUAGCAAUUUAAUCCGUCAGCCAUUUAACCAUGGUUUUGAUUGUGGGAUGAGUCAGUAAUGUUUUGAUGCAUCUUCUAUUGAAUAUUAUGCCUUGGGCUGAUAGGGUUUUAUGCAGCUUCGGUUGAGAAUGGGAAGCCCUCUACAUUGGAUGUAUUAUGUUGUAAAGUCUCUGAU